UCAUUAGCCUCAUCUAAACAAAUAGCAAGGCCGUGAUGUUGCUUUCACAUGACCCGACACCCACUUAUAAUUCGUCCAAAGACCAUAACCUUAAAUUUAUUAUAUCUAUUAUGAUUACGCGAGCCUCAGCUGAACAGACAGACUUGAAAGAAGGUUUGAAGGAUUCUGUUUAGCCAGCAUGCUAGUUCACCCAAAGCCAAGGAACAACGGUUAGUCAGUUAUUUCAUAAGAAGACAGUACACGCUGAACUCAAGCACUGGUCAAGAUGCCAUGGCCAUUUUCUGAGUCUAUUAAGAAGCGGGCAUGCAGGUACCUGCUGCAUCGCUAUCUUGGCAAUUUCCUCCAAGAGAAGCUCAGUUUGGACCAGCUUAGCCUGGAUCUCUAUCAAGGCACAGGCUCACUCGCUCAAGUGCCGCUGGACAAAUGGUCCCUGAAUGAGAUCCUGGAGUCUGUGGAUGCUCCAUUUGAAGUAUGUGAGGGCUUCAUUCAGGCCAUUUCCCUCACUGUUCCAUGGGCCUCGCUGCUCCAGGACAACUGUGCGCUGGAAGUGAGGGGCUUGGAGAUGGUGUUCAGGCCAAGACCUCGUAUGACAUCUGGCAUGGAUCCCAUGUGCCUGUCAAACUUCAUGACAAGCAGCAUGCAGCUGGCCAAAGAGUGUUUAAGCCAAAGACUCACUGAUGAUCAGGGGGAGAGCUUCCCGCCUCUGGAUGGGCUGGAGAAGUUUGCAGAGACUAUUGAAACGGUGUUGAGAAGAGUCAAGGUCACUUUUGUGGAUACCAUCCUGAGGAUGGAACACGUUCCUGAAAACUCUAAAACUGGCAUUGCCCUCGAACUCAGAAUCAAUAAGAUGGUUUAUUGUGAUGAGAGUGUGGAGGAGGGCUCCAGUGUCAAUAUCCAUCAGCCCACCACGUUUGCACAUAAAAAUCUAACUCUGGACGGUGCUGCUGUGUUCUGGGAUGAGUUUUCAGAAUCAGCACGAGCCGGCCUCAAAUCACCAACCCCUCAUACCGAGACUGAACCUAAGCUUUCACCAAGUUGGAACCCAAAAAUCAUCCGCGAGCCACACCCCCAAUUCCCAGAACCAGUAUCUUCCAGUAUGCCGUUUGAGCCGGUGCAGGUAGGCUGCCUCAGUGGUCGACUGGAGCUGUCCGUGGUUCUGAAGCAAAAUGAAGCAAUGCCAGGAGCUAAGUUGGACAUCGAUGGGCAGUUUGAAUCUCUAAUCAUGCUGCUAUCACCCCGUCAAGUCCACCUUUUACUGGACAUGUUUGGUGUCUUCUCCAGCUCAGCAGGGCAGGAGUGGUCUGCUUUAGGAAAAGACAGGAAGAGUCGUCCUAUGCAGCAGGAAGAUGAGUAUCGCCUCCACAUGGAGCUAAACCGCUGCCUGAAGAAAGACACUAUAACAGGAGCCACAGACCAAGACCUGUUUGAGAGUCAGACCGCCAGAGCAGCAUCCAGCAGAGAGGAUGUCUUUUUCUCAAUGGCUGAGAUGGAUAUGUCACACAGCCUAUCAUCUCUUCCCCCUCUUGGAGAUCCCCCUACGGUGGAUCUGGAUUUGUCUCUAAGCAGCAACUAUUCUGCCUCCCUGGUGGAGUCGCCAUCUGGAAAUGUUGCCACUGUGUGGGAUGAGUACAUGGAUACUACUAGACAAAAAGAGAGAAAGAACAACGAGAUGCCACAAUUUUCCAGAGAUCCUCAGUUCCCCCAAACGUUACUCCGGCAAACCUCCCAUCCAUCUAAGGGCCACUGUGAUGAAUCCAGGCCUGAGCUGGUUCUCAGGCUGACAGUGGGGAGUCUCUGCCUGUCUGUCCUACAUAUUGACCCCCUCCCACCACCAGACACCUCCCAAAACCCUCUUGCACCAAUGGCUGCUGAGUUUUUCCGUAUUCUGUCUGUAAAUAAGCUCACUGUAGGAGAUUUCCUGAGAUCACGAACUGUAUUUGAUGAAGCCUGUCCACAUGAUCAUCUAAGAUUCAUAGGUCAGGGAUUAAAGAUGACAUACGAGCACUGCCAAGGCUCCAACGUAAGGGCGCUGAUCACAGAUCUCUCCCUGAACCAGGUGGAGCUUCUGGAGUGCCUGUAUUCUACUGACAGCCACACUCUACCGAGUGGAGCACAAUACACAGAGCUUCUUACUUUUGAUGUCCCAGCCAGUAGUGAAUCUCCCCCUUUGCCUUGCCUCCACCUAAUCUACAAACUAACAGAACGCAGAGGCCCGCAGGGCGGGCAGGUACGUCUAAGUGCUAUACCUCGCAAGGCAGAGUUGCAGGUUGAGCUGGGAAAAGUUUGCACGGAGUGUGAUGUCAGUAUCGUAGACAGGCUUAACUCUCUGCUCCAGCCACAGAAACUGGUUACCACGGAGAUGAUGGCUUCUCACAUGUACACGUCCUACAAUAAGCACAUCAGUCUGCACAAGGCAUUUGCUGAAGUCUUUCUGGACGAUAGCCGUAACCCAGCACACUGUCAUGUGUCCGUAUCGGUAAACGCUCCCCUGCUGGUUCUGGUGGUGCGGUUUCCGAUCCCUGACCUGCGCUCGGAUCAGGAGAGGGGGCCCUGGUUUAAGAAGUCCCUGCAGAAAGAGCUUCUGCGUCUGGAACUGGAGGAACUGGAGUUCAAGACGGAGUUAACUGGAGGAAACUCAUCCGAGCAGACCAAGAUGGAGCUCACGUUUAAAGAGCUCAGGGGGUCAUUCCAAAAAGACAAAGAUCACCCUGCUGCCGGGUUCUUAAGAGUAGCUAAUACCAUGGAGGAGGACAUGACAUCCUCAGACUGUGGAAAAUUUGACUGGCCCAGAGUGGUUCUAAAGGUGAACCCCAAGGCCGUGCACUCCAUCCUAGAGCGUGUAACAACAGAGGAAGGGGAGGAAGGGGUGGAUGAUCUUUCACAGGAGGAAGAGGAAGAAGAGGAAGGAGCCGCCCACUCUCUGAAGGAUGUGUGUGAUUUUGGCAAACCUGAGCCCUCCCCUUUUUCUUCGCGGCGUGUCAUGUAUGAAAACGAAGAGAUGGUCAUCCCAGGAGAUGUAGUGGAGAUGACGGAAUUCCAGGAAAAAACCAUGAGCAACUCUCGCUACAUCCUGGAGUUGUUUUUCCCCAAUGUUCAACUCGCUCUGCCCAAUAAAUCAUUUUAUGAGAAAUUACACAACAGGAUUAAUAAUGACCUGCUGCUGUGGGAGCCCACUGCUCCGUCACCAGUGGAGACGGUGGAGAACAUCCCAUAUGGCGUUGGACUCUCUGUAGCCAGUCAACUCAUCAACACAUACAGCAAAGACAGCUUCAGUCAGUUCAGAUCUGCAGGCCCGGAAGAGGAAGACAGCGGUUCUGAGGAAGAGACCCUGUUAUACUACACUCCCGCAGAGCUGGGCUACAGGAGCAGGAAGAAGAAGAGGAGUAAGAUACAGCCCAAGACAUCACAGAGCCUAUUUUCCAUUGUCCUGUCUAUAAACCACGGCCUGGUGGCUGUACACACACACAUUAAGCAGGAUGAUAAGAGUGUGUUACAAAACAAACAUGGUGAGUUUUGGAUGGAGGUGAAAAACGGGACUCUGUUCGGCGUGACACAGCAUGAGGGCUACAAAGACCAGCAUUACAUCUGUUUCCACACGUCGCAGGCCUGUCUCUAUCAUCACGGCACAGUGGAAGGAGACGCCCCUGACUGGAGCGUUAAUCUGCCCUGCAGGACGCGUCCUCAUUGGCUGGAGCCGGUGAUGUAUGCGUCUGAGUCUGCACCAGAGAGGGCAUCUCCCUCUGAGGGCCUCAAUUUGGAGCCUCAUAGCAUGCUGUCCAUCGCUGUUAAAAUCUCUUCCCAUAACACCGAGCGCAAUGUCAAGGAGUUUCUCAUAGCCGUUGGCAUGAGGGGAGUCACACUUCAGCACAAAAUGGUGCCUUCAAAUCUGGGCUGGUACAACCAGAUAGUCGACUUUUUAAAUGUGUCGGAUGAGCCAGUGCUUGGCUACAACCCCCAAACCUCUGUAUCUACCCUCCAUCUGCAUCUAUGGAGCUGCUCCCUGGAUUACAGACCCUUAUAUUUACCAGUGAGAUCUCUGCUGACCGUGGAGACCUUCAGUAUCUCCAGCAGCGUGUCUUUAGAUCACUCUUCCUCUAACCUCAGAAUCAUUUUAGAUGAGGCCGCAUUGUUUCUGUCUGACAAGAUCAACGCUGUAUCUGUUAAUCUGGCUCGAGACUACGUGCAGGUGGUUGAUAUGGGCACUUUGGAACUAAGGAUCACAGCAGUGAAACCAGGAACCGAUGGCAACAUGACUGAGCCAAGAUUUGAGCUGCGUUGCUCAAGUGACGUUAUCCACAUUCGCACCUGUUCGGACUCCUGUGCCGCUCUCAUGAACCUUAUUCAGUACAUAGCCAGUUAUGGGGAUCUACAGCCCCCGUCUGGACUGGAGACCAAAAGCAGAAGCGCUAAGCAAAGAGUGAAGACUGAAGCAGGGAGCCGCCCACCAGCUCAGACUCCUCUGCUUCCUGAAGCAGAGCAACAGAUUCUUCAAGAUCUCAUGAGUGAUGCUAUGGAGGAGACAGACGGCCUGCAUAGCCACACAUUACAACAGAACGGUAUCAAUGAAGAUCACUCGCAUGAUCACGACGCACCCCGAUCUGAUCUCUUCCUCUUUCCUGAUGAGAGCGGAAACCUGGGGCAAGAGCCAAGCCCCACCUAUCCCACCCUGCAUUCUCCGCUCAUCUCCCCUCCGGCUCCCUCUCUGCCCCACGAUUCUGAUGACUUCUGUAUCCUGGACACGCCCAGCUCCAAACUAACGGAAACGGAUGAGGAGCCUAUGGUAAAGAAGCUGACCUCUGAACCCAUCGUAGUGAAGCAAGACCACUUCAGUGUGCCUGUGGGGGGCAGCAGCUCCAGUAGGGGGCCACUUCCCUUUCCCAUCCCUGAGGUCAGAUAUCUUGUCAAGGAGAUCUCCGUGGUGUGGCAUCUCUACGGGGGAAAGGAUUUCGGAGGCGGGGCGCUCUCCUCCUCGCCAGCUCGCAGUCGAGGGUGCACUCCACACAGUUCUCCAUCACAGACUCCUGUUAGACAAGCCAGAAGAAGCUCCCGUGCUGGAGGAGGAUGGGGCAGAAACCCUGAUGUUCUUAUGGAGAUUCAGCUCAGUAAGGUGCGGUUCCAGCAUGAGGUGUAUCCUCAGAUGACACCAGAGGCAGGUGUUUUAACAGAGCAGCCAGUGUCCAGACAGGUGUUCUCAGUGCAAGACCUGGAGAUACGAGACAGACUGGCCUCCUCCAUGAUGAACAAGUUCCUCUACCUGUAUUCCAGUAAGGAGAUGCCCAGGAAAGCUCACUCCAACAUGUUGACUGUCAGAGCACUACAUGUAUGUCCAGAGGCUGGUCAGGCACCUCAAGAGUGCUGCCUGCGCGUCUCUCUAAUGCCUCUUCGUCUAAACAUUGACCAGGAUGCUCUGUUCUUUCUGAAGAAUUUCUUUACCAGUUUGGCUGCAGAAGUCGAGCUGUUUUCACCUCCGGAGCAAGAAGUCUUCUGCGUGUCGAUGAAGAAGCCUCCCGGCCCUGAAGUCUCUUGCAAUUUCUCAAAGUACAACGGAGGGGCGGGUCAAGAGCCUGCACCCAUUAUCUCUGUGCCAACACAAGCACGUCAAGGCUCGAGUCUCAUCAGCAGCCAAGACAGCGCCACUGAGACCGAUACAUCUGCUUCCUCAUCGUUUACAGACCAGCCCAUUUUCUUCAGAGAGUUCCGGUUCACGUCUGAGGUGCCGAUCAGAUUAGACUACCAUGGAAAACACAUGGCCAUGGAGCAGGGCACAUUUGCUGGUAUCGUGAUUGGACUAACACAACUUAACUGCUCAGAGCUCAAAUUACGGCGAUUGUGUUACCGACAAGGAUUAUUGGGUGUUGACAAGCUGUUUUCUUAUGCCAUUAAUGAGUGGCUGAAUGACAUCAAGAAGAACCAGCUGCCGGGGCUUCUGGGAGGGGUGGGGCCCAUACAUUCCCUGGUGCAGCUAGUUCAGGGUUUUAGGGAUCUAGUGUGGUUGCCCAUUGAACAAUAUCGCAAGGACGGGAGAAUAGUGCGCGGCUUCCAGCGUGGCACCACCUCCUUCGGAACGUCCACUGCAAUGGCAGCUCUGGAACUCACCAAUCGGAUGGUGCGAACAAUACAGGCGGCCGCUGAAACCGCUUAUGACAUGGUCUCUCCAGUUCCAGAUGAGAAAGAAUGCAAGAAGAUUAAACGGUACUCACAUUACUGCCUGGCUCAUCAGCCUGUGGACCUCAGAGAGGGAGUUGCCAAAGCGUACAGCGUAGUGAAAGAGGGCAUUACAGAUACAGCCCUGACCAUUUAUGACACUGCCACACGUGAGCACGAACAAAGGGGCAUGACUGGUGCUGUGGGCGGAGUCCUGCGACAGCUUCCUCCUGCUGUUGUCAAACCUCUCAUUGUUGCCACAGAAGCAACUUCCAACGUGCUGGGCGGCAUGAGAAACCAGAUUCACCCAGACGCACGACAAGAGGAGUCCCAGAAAUGGCGUUUGGGGGAAGAUUAAGCUGUGCUCCUGCAAAUGUACUCCUGCGUCGCAGAUAUAAAUCGAUAUUUGACUUAUCAGCCCCAAAUACGCGUGCUGAUUUUGAGUAGUGUGAUUACUGCCCAUACAGGUGAUAUGUGGCCCAUUUCAGUUUUCUGCUCAUGGUUUUGUUUCUAGCGCUCUUGGAGUAUCUGUGGCAGACGAUCACAGGAUGUGGUAGAAAAAGUCUGACCCCCCAGAUGAAGCAUUAGAAGAAACUGGAGCUUUUUCAUACUUUUCUCAAGAGUAUACCUGUUAUUGACAUUUAACUGGAGUCAUUGAGUAUCUUAAAGACGCAUAGCUUUAAUAAAUUUGUCUCUUUUCACCCCACCAAUGAACGUUCUCAUAGUGCCUUCAUGUUACAAUUCAUUAAUAUCAUAUUAAAUGGUUAAGUGUCUUGUGGUAAGCAAGAUUACUGUGCCAUAGGUUUUUUCCCCUUAAUUCUAAACAAAUGCCGGCUACAACAGACCUGGGUUGUGUAAUGGACAGAAAGGACAGAAGUGUGUUCUUUAUUUUUGAUUUUGAUAAGAAAUUCUAUUGUGCAUAAAGAAAAUGAAGCCUGUGAUGAUGCCAUUUCGAAAAUAAAUUAUGAAAUAAUUUUCAUGAGAAUGGUCACCCCCUAUUUUAUAAGGUUAGAAAAAUGUUUAUUCACAUUAUAGUAGGCUACGAUACAAACAGGCUUGAAUUUUCUUAUGCAAAAUGUAAAAUUUUCAUUAUUUCAUUGAAUUUUCAAUUUUCAGGAAACGCUUCGUUUUUGUGGAUUCUGCCCAUAAAGGCUUAACAUGCAAAAAAUACUACUCGAGUGCUAAUACUAUUGAAAUGAUGUAAAGAUAUCAAAAUCAGCCAUCCAGUAGCGUAUUCAUGCUUUGACCUUCUUACAAUAAUCAUCUCUUGUUAUUAAAACAGCACUACUAUCUGUGUCUGUGGAAGACGCAUCUGUACCUGAUAUAUUUGUCUGGCUUUCAAGUAACACCAUUUAGUGUAGCAUUUCUCUUUUCAGCUGUGUUAGAAACUAGUCCUCAAACAUGAGGAAUGUGUUGCGGUUAUUAUUACCACUUGAACUUUGUAUUUCAGUGAUCCCAGAAAAUUAUGCUUUUUUCAGUUUUUUUCUUAAGCUGUUAAGACGCGUGUCGAGUGACAUUCCUAAGCAGCUGCAUUGCAGAAGUCUUAUGGACGAUACUUUAGAUAAGGACACAAAAACUAAAUGUAGUUUUCCAUAGUGUUAAAAUGAUCAAAUAAACAAGCAUUUGUAAUUCUUUGCUGUUUAUCAAUAGCAAUGUCUCAGAUUUUUUGUUUGUUUGACAGUACAAUUUGUUCAAUUCUGAAUUAAUUUAAUAUCGAAAAACUGAUAAAUGACAUUUUCAUUUAGCUUUUGUCAUUUUCUCAUUUAAAUGAUGCCACUAAUAUUUAUUGUAUGUUUUCUUUUAAGUGGUAAUAACAGUUCUUGUACAUAGAUGUACAUUUUCCCAAUUUAUACAGAAGCAUGUAUGAUCAAUAAAAGGGAAAUAAAUUAUUCAAUGUUGA